GUUUGCGUUGUCAGCCCAGAGCGUCUGAUGAGCCCGACGAGCUCAGGAAGCAGCGGUCUUUAUUUUAUGUUCUGUAGCGACUGAAACGGGAAGACUGGUGAUAUUUUUGGGGGGCCGGGUGGACAGCUAAAGACGGUUAAAUAUUUUCUAAUAAUUUUAGGUUAGGUUGCUGCCAGCGACAGAAGAGCUUUGUUAUGAUUUUGGCGUUGAUACCGGUGAUGUUUACUGUUCAUCCUCAUAGGUAUCUGACGGAUAGCCAAUAUUAACUGGUUCCUCCAGCCUGAAACUGCCUAUUUAUUAGGCACAGACCGGAUUAUUUUACAUAUUUUUUCCCUUAUAUUGCUGUGUGCUGGCGGCACGCCAAUAAUUGACUCUGGAGCAGGACACGGAGGAUAGCAUGGCCAUGACGGGAGGGACGGCAGCUGCCCUUCCCAUGAGCAACCACACCCGGGAGAGGGUGACCGUGGCCAAGCUGACAUUGGAGAACUUCUACAGCACCCUCCUCACGCAGCACGAGGAGCGGGAGAUGAGGCAGAAGAAGCUAGAGAAGGCCAUGGAAGAGGAGGGUUUGCCUGAUGAGGAGAAAGUGAUGCGGCGCUCGCAGCACGCCCGAAAGGAGACGGAGUUCCUGCGUCUGAAGAGGACGCGGCUCGGCUUGGACGACUUCGAGUCUCUAAAGGUUAUCGGAAGGGGAGCUUUCGGAGAGGUCCGUUUGGUGCAGAAGAAGGACACAGGACACAUUUAUGCCAUGAAGAUCCUGAGGAAAGCAGACAUGCUGGAGAAAGAGCAGGUGGCUCAUAUCCGCGCAGAGAGGGACAUUCUGGUGGAGGCGGACAGCGCCUGGGUGGUCAAGAUGUUCUACAGCUUCCAGGACAAGAGGAACCUCUACCUCAUUAUGGAGUUCCUGCCUGGAGGCGACAUGAUGACGCUGCUCAUGAAGAAGGACACCCUGUCGGAAGAGGCCACGCAAUUCUACAUCGCAGAGACGGUCCUUGCCAUCGACUCCAUCCACCAGCUGGGCUUCAUCCACAGAGACAUCAAACCUGACAACCUGCUACUGGACUCCAGGGGUCACGUGAAGUUGUCUGACUUUGGGCUGUGCACCGGACUGAAGAAGGCUCAUCGCACGGAGUUUUACAGGAACCUGACGCACAACCCACCCAGUGAUUUCUCUUUCCAGAACAUGAACUCAAAGAGGAAAGCAGAAACCUGGAAGAAGAACAGGAGACAGCUGGCUUAUUCCACCGUGGGAACGCCGGACUAUAUCGCUCCUGAAGUCUUCAUGCAGACAGGAUACAACAAGCUCUGUGAUUGGUGGUCUCUGGGUGUCAUCAUGUAUGAAAUGCUCAUCGGUUAUCCGCCUUUCUGCUCGGAGACGCCGCAGGAGACCUACAGGAAGGUCAUGAACUGGAAGGAAACGCUCGUCUUCCCACCUGAAGUCCCCAUCUCAGAGAAGGCCAAAGACUUGAUUUUAAGGUAUUGCACUGACGCGGAGAACAGAAUCGGAGCUGUGAGUGUGGAGGAGAUCAAGAGUCAUCCAUUCUUUGAGUCAGUGGACUGGGAACACAUCAGGGAGCGACCGGCAGCCAUUUCUAUUGAAAUCAAAAGUAUUGAUGACACUUCAAACUUUGACGACUUCCCUGAAUCAGACAUCCUUCAGCCAGCCAAUGCAACAGAGCCUGACUUCAAAUCAAAGGACUGGGUGUUCCUGAACUACACGUACAAACGGUUCGAGGGCCUGACUCAGCGAGGCACCAUCCCCACGUACAUGAAGGCAGGAAAGGCCUGACAGGCUCAAGGGAAGCAAACACAGAGACGUUUAACGGACACAGGGUCGGGCCGCCGAGCCCCCGCCGGUUCUGACGGGCCACGCCGGUGCCGCGUCGCUCAGCCUAAACGUAACCAUCAUCACAAGUUAUUUAGGUCCGCUCUGCCGCCAAGAAAACGCCCCGCCGGAAGGAGCUGGGAAACGACGGAGCGUCGCCGCAUUACCUCGGUUGUUUAUAUUUCACAUGUGCUGUCUCUAGCCAUAGCUCUCGGGCCAGCUCUUUAACUAGGACACUAAUUAAGCAUAUCUGCAUGCCCAGCUUAAAAGUUGACGGCAGGAAUGAUGGGGCUUGAAUACAAAUCCCUGCUUGCUGCAUCCUCACGUUGAUAGUUGAUACACUGGCGGUUACAUUAACACAGCUGCAAACUGAAGUCCGCUUAAAAGCUCUCAACACUGUAAUCCAAAUCUGGUUGACCGAAGAGAAUCAGAACUACUGAAGCACACACGCUGCUGUGCUGCACGGAGAAUUCCAGCACGAUUUCCAGUGAGUUUUAUAGUUCCGACCUGAAGCAAGUUCCGUUUUUCGAUUUUGAUAUUGAUGUUCGGUUUGCCGUCGCCUGCUGUUGCAGCGUUGGUGUUAAAGUGUUUUUAAUCAGAAUCUCACAAUCGGUCUAGACUGAAGACAUCUGGAGUUGUCUAUGUCUUGUGAGUUUCACCUUUUUAUCUUUUAUUUGGGGUUUAAUUGAGCGUCCUCUGUUUAAGUUAUGUAACAUCUGAGGAUGGAUAUCAAAAAACUAAGAGCAUCACAUUGGGGGUAUAAUAUUUUAGGAAUAUUAUACCCAAAUCCUGCUGGAAUCCUCCUAUUUAAAGGUGGUACACUGGCGUACUGUAGGUUAGAUGGUGUAACUCCCUGCAAAGCAACAAGACGGAACUUUUAAUUCUUCUGCUUAGCAUCUGUCGGUGUGAAGCAUUGCCAAAUAGCUGUGUGUCCUUUUAAGAUAUAAAACGGUCAACUUAAUGAGUCGCAGGCCCAGCCUCUUGCUUCUUAAGUCAACAAAACAUGCAAAAGUGCCUUUUAAGUAGCUAGAUGUAUCACUGUAGUUUAGGAAAUAUUAAUUAAGAGGAUUCAUUAAGAUUAGAUUAGCAUUAAGCUGAUUGAUUUUGAGAGAAAAGUAAAGGGGCAGCUUGAAUUAUAUGUAUAACAAAAAGCAAAUAUAUAAGCUGGUGUCUUUUAGGUGAUUUAUGAGGGUUGUGAUACAAAGAGAGGUUUUUAUGGACGAGACAAUAAAACCGGAGACUCUUUAAGCAGUAAAAAUGGAACUAAAGUAGGUCAUAAACAGCAUGAGGGUGAUCUCUCUAGGUUUGGAGUUUUUAAUUUUUCAUUUUAUGUCCAUCGUAGGAUGCGUUUUGACUUUUUUUUUUUUUAAAUCCCUCUCACAAGCACGCAAACGAACAAAACACUCCCCUGUAAAGCCAGUCUUUAACCAUGGAGUCUCAGAAGGGGAGACUAUGGAGUUACCAAAGAACUCUAAUCAUCACGUGCCGUGGUUCGAAUGUAGCCGUCGCUUAUUCUGCACUUAACGGGAAACUACCUUUGAAAAGGAAGCCAUUUCCAUUUACUAAAUCUAAACUUCUAAAGCAAAAUGUGUGUGCGGGCAGGGAUAUUUCUUAGAAGUCCGCUAAGAGUUCUAAGAGUAAAUGUAUAAUCAGGAAGUGUACAGAGGAUUCCCAGGAAUCCCUAUGCUAGCUGUUUCUGAAGGCCUCUGCUAGAAAAGUAGUUCUUCAGCAUUCUGAUCAUUUCUCUGUAAUACCCCCGUGUUAAUUCUUUUCUUACAUUUUCUAUGUAAGUAAUUUAUUUGUCGAGCUACAAAUGCCUUGGCCGACUACACUCGAAAAUGCUACAAAAUGUUGGACUGAUGAGGGUUUUAAAAACAGAUAUCUGUAUAUUUUUGUGUUAUUUAUGCUGCUCGUGUUUUUUUUUUUUUAAUGUAUAAAUUGGCUUUUUCUUUUUUGCAGACAUUCACUGUAUUUAAAUUGGCUGCGUUUUAUGUGAAAUCGCACCCACUGAUGUAAACAACAAACAGAAAGUUCAGAAUCCUAUGGACGUCCGCGGAUAUCUCUUAUGGAUAAUAAGAUUUGCGAGCCCUUUUUUUUUAAAGUCAGCCACAAAAAAAUGCCGUAAAUUGGUGUGUAGAUGAUGUGAUUGGUAAGGAGCGGUGGAUUCAGGAGGAGGGAGAGCGAGUUUUACCAGGCAGUUGAUGGAGCACCCAACAAUCUGGAACAGAGGUGGAAGGUCACCAGACACAAUGAGUGCUUUGUGUAGGCAAUUGAUGACAUUGGAGGUUGCAUUGGGUGUUUGCUUCGAAUCAGGUGCAAGUUCCCAGCAAUAUCACACAGUCAAACAAUCUCAAAUUAGAAAAUUCGAACCUCUUGGUCAGUAUCUGGUAAAGUUUCCCACUAAUCUGUCUAAAUCAGAAACAAAAACUGCUUCCAGAAAACUCCGGAAAAAUAGUGACGCGACUUGAAGACUGACUAGGAAAGGGACAAUUGUUCAUGAAGUGGACGAUCUCCUUUUGUGUUGUGAGGUGAUGUGUCUCACUGUUUAGUGUCAAAUGUCUGUUUUGUGCUAGGAUUGACGGUGUUUGUUUUAUUUAUCAUGAAGAAAAACGGAGGGUGAAUAGUUGCGAUACGUGCUAUAUUUCACUUUAUACAGCCACACUUGACUUGAAAUCCACUACGGUGUCACUUUCAAUAAAAGGAUUCUUCAACGAGGUAGUAAGAGGUUCAGGAAAAUGUUUCUUUUUUAUCAAGCAAGACAAUUCAUUUGCGAUGGACCAAACCAGUUUACUGCCGAGUAACAAACAGUCUUCGGCAGAUUAUUAAAGGGUAAUGCUGCAUGUUUCGUUUCGCCAAGAGACAAUGAACGCAACUAUAUCGUAUGGCAAAAUCAACAUAAAAGGUGAAUGAUCAGUAUUCCCCUCCCUGUUGAAGGAAGAUCCCUCGGUUCCACGGCUCAGAACUGAGUUAUGAUGUGUACAUACUGCAGUAGACACUUGGAAGGCUACUGUCUGUAGAGGAGAGAAGGGGGUGCUCAUUAAUAUAUUCAUUCAUGUUGCCGAGUUUUAUUUUUUAUUUUUUAUGUUGAUACACUGUUCAGAAAUAAUAAAAUAAAAAAUAAUUAAA